AUACCUUUACGAAAUGCUGUAGUCAACUCUACCCACUUGAGGCACAAUCAUAGCGCAAAAGCUUCCAUCAGCAAUAAAAUGAAUAGUUCACUUACGUGUGAGCGGAGGGGCAUCGAAACGUAACCGCACCGAAAUGUUGCGAAUUUUUCAUUUGCCCACGCUUUAUAGCUUAAUUAAAUGUUGCGGAGAACUGUUUUUAUUUGAGGCAAAAUCAUAGACCGAAAGCUAACAAUGGGCAACAAAUUAGGGCAAUUUGUUAGAGGCACACCAAAAUGUUUGACAUAUUGAUAACUUUCGAGGGGCUUGACGUUGUCAUUUGGGGAGCUCCGUGUUGUUUGCGGACACAUCGGGGCGCGAUAAAAUUGUCAGCAUUUUGAAGCAUUUUAGGGUCGUCUCGGUGGUCAUUUCACAGCCAGUCAGACUCUUUACGUCACACGAGGUGGUUGAUCUGAAAUUCCGACGUGAGUAUUUGCGGGGAAAAGUGUGUAAAUAGAUCGUUCAAGAUGCUUUCUUUUUGUUAUUUGACGCAAUCACACGGAGGGGUGGGCGUGGCCGAGUGACGCGCUCGUCAUACUUUGAGGCCUCUGAUUGGCUCAUGCCGGCAUAGGCUCGUCCAAUAGGAGCCAAGACAUCGCCGCUUGCAGUCACUCCUACCCGGAAACGCCUCCUUCUGGCUUCGUCAUAUAAACAGAGGCAAACUUGAAAGCUGUAGUAGUUACGUCUUCUGUACAUGUCCUUGUUGAGUUCCUUCGUGCCUUGGCCUCCCCCCCAACAUGACGAUCAAAAGCGCGACAGGACAGCCCGGCUUGACUUAUUCCAAGUUUAAAGGCCUUGUGGCCUCUGUGUGCGCUUUCAUGAAACAGCGGAGAAUGGGACUGAACGACUUCAUUCAGAGGCUCGCCACCAACGCCUACACCUGCAAGCAUGUGGAGGUGCAGUCCAUCCUGAACCUGAGUCCUCCGCAGGAUGCUGAGCUGAUGAACACCAACCCCUCCCCUCCUCCCAGCCCAACCCAGCAGAUCAACUUGGGCCCGUCGUCCAACCCGUCGGCCAAGCCCAACGACUUCCACUUCCUCAAAGUGAUCGGCAAAGGCAGCUUCGGCAAGGUGCUGCUGGCCCGCCACCGCCAAGACGACCGCUUCUAUGCCGUCAAGGUGCUACAGAAGAAGGCCAUCCUCAAGAAGAAGGAGGAGAAGCACAUCAUGUCGGAGAGGAACGUGCUGCUGAAGAACGUCAAACAUCCUUUCCUGGUGGGCCUGCAUUACUCCUUCCAGACGGCCGGCAAGCUCUACUUCGUCCUCGACUACAUCAACGGGGGAGAGCUCUUCUACCACCUGCAGCGCGAGCGCUGCUUCCUGGAGCCGCGGGCGCGCUUCUACGCCGCCGAGAUCGCCAGCGCGCUGGGUUACCUGCACUCGCUCAACAUCGUCUAUCGCGACCUCAAGCCCGAGAACAUCCUGCUCGACUCGCAGGGCCACGUCGUCCUCACCGACUUUGGACUCUGCAAGGAGAACAUCGAGCCCAACGGCACCACCUCCACCUUCUGCGGCACGCCCGAGUAUUUGGCUCCCGAGGUUCUCCACAAAGAACCGUACGACCGCACGGUGGACUGGUGGUGCUUAGGGGCCGUCCUGUACGAGAUGCUCUACGGCCUGCCGCCCUUCUACAGCCGCAACACGGCCGAGAUGUACGACAACAUCCUGAACAAGCCUGUGCAGCUCAAGCCCAACAUCUCCAACGCCGCCCGCCACCUCCUGGAGGGCCUCCUGCAGAAGGACAGGACCAAGCGGCUGGGCUGCGCCGACGACUUUAUGGAAAUUAAGAACCACGUGUUCUUCUCGCCCAUCAACUGGGACGAGCUCAACAGCAAGAAGAUUACGCCGCCCUUCAACCCCAACGUGACGGGGCCCAACGACCUGCGGCACUUUGACCCCGAGUUCACGGACGAGCCGGUGCCCAACUCCAUCGGCUGCUCGCCCGACAGCGCGCUGGUGACGGCCAGCAUCAAGGAGGCGGCCGAGGCCUUCGUGGGCUUCUCCUACGCCCCCUCCAUGGACUCGUACCUUUAGCAACGAAACCGCUCGUUGUCACCUUGCAACAAAACUGCUGUAUGUAAAUAUUGCACCAACGGACCACAAAUGGUUUGCGACUGAGUCGCCGAGCACACGUUUGUUCGUCCACGUAGACAUCGCCAUCUCCCUCCUCCGCUGUUUCUCCACAUUCCCUUUUUUUUUUUUUUCAUUUGUUAACGUCACAGGAUGAAACUGGGAGCAAGCUGAAUGUUACAGAGCGGCCGUUAGUGGUCAAAGGUGCCUUUUUGGGGGUGGGCGGGGCUCUGCUCCCCUGCCCGCGUUGCACAGAACACUAGAGGGCGCUGUGGCACCUUCAAAAUGGCCGUCUUGGCAACUGAUCAUUUUGCACACAGAAAUGGUGUGAGCACAGCGCCCCCUACAUGUUAUAUUUUGUUGUUUUUUUUUUGAAGGGGGGGUGAACAUACCCUUACGCUGCAAGCAUUUAUUUAACAUCCCCCGAUUGUUUUAGUCCAAUUUGUCCUCACAAGGAAUCAAAUUCCAUCUUACAAGUGACAUUUUUUCCAGUCCUUUUUGGCUGGAUAUGACUGAUGUGCAUUUAGUUGGUCAUCCUUGAACGAGUACACCACGUCCUCACUCGCAGGAAUUCCUUCUUGACAGCACUAGUAGACUGUCUUCCAAGUAACCCUUCUACGCAACCGGUGGCCUCCUCAUAUGUCAUUAAACCUUCGCAGUGAACGCGUGUGCUCACCGGUCGCAGUGUGUCUGCCACUAGUAGCCUGCUGGGCAUUCUAGUUGCACCAAAAUGCCCACUUGUGGUUUUGCCUCACUAGUAUAACCUGUGCAGAAAUAUAAUCCAGUCAAGGGGGAAAAAAGUGACUAGCAAGACAGUCAUUACAAUAGUGAAGAUGGCGCGUACUCGUACAUGGAACUGACAUCCUUGAUGUUUAGUACUACAGUAGUACACACACUUUGUCCUUAUGAAUGUGUCAUUUUUUUCUCCCCGCGUUGUUGCCUUCCACGUUCGCCCCCUCAGCCGACAUUCCGUUGUCAUGUUGUUGAACGCUAUUUAAGUUUUUUGUUGUUUUUUUUGGGGGGUGGGGGGGUUGUCUGAGUGAGUUGUACUGUACAUAGAACAGAAAACGAUCAAACGACGUGACCACAAUAAAGGUAAAUGCGUCAAUGUGCUUGUGUUCUCGAAGAUUUUCUUGAGACCUCUCAAACCCUUUGACGAUGCCUAACUGUCAUUAAAAAGGGAUUCCAUUGUU